AGUAGCAGGCCGCGCGCUCAGCAGCCCGCAUGUGUCUUAGCACGCGCCGUCCUGCUCCGCUCUUACCUUCGCGAUUUUCAGUUACAAUCGUCCUAAUCAAAUUUCCGUAUACGUCACAAUACAAAGUAUACGCACAAAAGAUUCGAUGCCUGUAUGCUGAAGGGGAUUUUGAAAAAAAAAUUCGAACGACGUAAAGAAAGCUCGACGAGCGAGUAGCGCGCGUAGACGUAGAGAAGAUAGAGUUGAUACAUCGUAGAAUAGAAGUGGGUCGCAGCCGCAGCAUCAUCAUCAUCCGUACAGACCGAGCGGUAAUGACGACGGCGUUAUGUGUGCCGGACGCGGCCGCGUUAUCUCGCUGACAUUGACACUACCCCGCACGGCGUAUCUUUUCGAAGGAAACCAUUCCGAAACUCGGUACACAAACGCCUAGUGUGCCGGAGAGAGAAUCUCUUCUCCGCAGCCAGUGCGGGAUCUACAGGUGUCACGGCUUGCGCCUUAUUCUCCGAGAUAAAGAAGCUCACGGCAUGACUGCUGUUCCGUGGAGUAGUUGCGAUUAAUUAGAGCCGCGAUUAAUUAAUCGUGAACAAGAGUGCGCGCGUGUCUCGUUAAUUAACGGGUGCCAGGAGAAGAAGGAGGGAGAGAGAGAGAGAGAGAGAGAGAGAGAGAGAGAGAGAGAGAGAGAGAGAGAGAGAUCGUUGCGGCCCGAAGGAACCUGCUGGAAGACGAGGAGCGACGAUCACGCAGAAAUUCAAAGUGACCAAAUUCUCUGAAAGUAGUCAAAAUGGACGACCUGGAGUUGGCAUCAGAGGUGCCGGGGAACACUACGAUGGCGGGUAGCACCAUGCAAGAGGACGAGCUGCGUCUACUCAAAUUGGAGCGUCAGCAGGAAUGCCUCGGGCAGCUGGCCGUCAACGCCACUCCACCGCCAGAGCCCUACUGCCCAGCAAUAUUCGAUGGCUGGUCGUGCUGGCCGAACACGCCUGCGGGAACGACGGCCUACGCACCCUGCCCGGCUUUCAUCACCGGAUUCGACCCCACAUUGAAAGCACACAAAGAAUGUGAACCGAAUGGCACGUGGUUUAUGCAUCCGGUAACGCAUAAAAUCUGGAGCAACUACACAACAUGCGUCAACCUUGUAGACCUCAGUUGGCAGCAGCAGCUGAACGUCCUUUACGAGACGGGCUACACGAUAUCGCUGGUGGCGCUGCUCGUAUCCCUGGGAAUCCUCACGUACUUCCGAUCGCUGAGGUGCGCGCGAAUCACCCUGCACAUGAACCUGUUCGCCUCGUUCGCCGCCAACAACGCCCUCUGGUUAAUUUGGUACGGCUCCGUCGUGGCGAAUGCCCAACUUCUCCUGAACAACGGCUUCAUGUGUCGCUUCCUGCACGUGAUACUCCACUACUUCCUGCUGACGAACUACGCGUGGAUGCUGUGCGAGGGCUUCUAUCUGCACACGCUGCUCGUCAGCGCCUUCACGAGCGAGCACAAAUUGGUGAAAUGGCUUAUGGCCCUUGGCUGGCCUAUACCAGCGAUCAUCGUCACCAUCUACACCGUUCUGAGAGCCACCAGCGAUGACAACGCCGACACUCUGCAGUGCUGGAUCAACGAGGGCAACUACAUGGUCGUCCUGAUCUACCCGGUCUGUGUGUCGACGCUGCUCAACCUGUUGUUCCUCUGCAACAUUGUGCGCGUGCUGCUGACAAAGCUGCGCGCCGGACCUGCUAUUGGAUCCCAGCCCUCGAGAUCGAUGCUGCAAGCUUUCCGUGCGACGCUGCUACUGGUGCCCCUGCUCGGUCUCCACUACCUGGUCAUCCCGUUUCGUCCAGAGAAAGGUCAUCCCUGGGAGUACGCUUACGGGGUCAUGUCGGCCAUAACGGCGUCCUUCCAAGGACUCUGCGUCGCCAUCCUCUUCUGCUUCUGCAACGGCGAGGUGAUAGCGCAGUUUAAGCGCAAGUGGGAGGGAACGGCGUUCGCGCGCAAGCGCGCCAACUCCUGCACGGCCACCACAGUAUCGUUUGUCCGCUCGACCGCAGGUCCGAUGGCGGGAGAGGAGAAGGUAUGACUAUCAGUCGGCGCCCUCAGCGGAUCCCAGAGACGACAACCACAGCAACAACAACAGAUUCUCCGGCAGUAGAGAUCUACCGGAGCCGCAACUACAGCCGCUGACGAUCGUUGGCACAGCACCAGCAGAGACGACCAGUAACGGCAGCGCCGCCAAUCAUGCGCCCCGACUUCUACUCAGACGCAGCGACAGCCUACUGCACGAAGCCGCCAACACCACCAGCAAUAAUAACAACAACAACAAUCACCAGUCGCAGUGUUAACGAGCCCGUUGCCCUUGUUCUUGUUAUGUAUAUGCGAGGCUGAAGCCUAUGCUGUGGAUGCGAGUGUGUGGAUGUUAUGCUAUAUACUGCGUUGCGUCGGGAUUUAUACGAGCCGAUUCGAUUUCCGCGGCAAUUCGGAACUUUAUAGCGGUGUCUGAAUUGAUUUUGCGUUAUAAGAGCUUUUUGUUUAUUGAAUUUAUAUGACCGAUUUUUUAGGUGAGUUCAGUUUUCUUAAAGAUUGUCGCAAUUUAUCAACGUCUUAUUUCUUGUGCCGUCCGUUUGAAAUAAUCUUCAUCGUCGGAGGUUUUGAAUUUCGUGGAUUUAAUUGUGUUUAGCUUUUGUCAAUUUUGUGCUGAUCGAAGAAGAUGAUUCUUGAAUUUUCUAAUAAUGAAACGGUAGAUACCAUUUGUAUAUAUCUUCGCUGAUUAAUAUCUAUGCGUUGAAUCAAUCUUUGAUUUUUUUUAAUAGAAGUUUCCAUGAUUUGUAUAGAGAAUUUAUGUAUGUAUAGUUUUUUAUAGCCGUCAAAGCGCAAUCGCGUUUAUAAAAGGAUUGCAAGCUUUGCCAUUUAACUGUUCGUAAGCAGAUUUCAUAAUCAUUAUUUGCAUUCAACGCUGAUGAGAAACAUCCUCCACUUAUCAGACCUUAAUCUCGGGCAGUUUAUUUAUCGAUUUGACGUUUUACAGCAUUUAUACAUUGGAUUAAACGAUAUUUUUAUUGCGACAGCAUAAAUAUAGCUUUGAAUCGAUAAAACCUUGCCCGGAUAGUCGAAAAGAACGUCAAACGGAUUUUGUAUCUAAUUCUAUAAUUUCCAACAAAAUGAUUUCAAAUCUCUUGGAUACUUUUGAAUAACUGUUAAGAAUGUAAAAUAAUUUAAUCAACGUUCUAAAAAGUAUGUAUUCACUUAUUAACAUAAUAAAGCUUACUUGGAAAGUUUCAUUUAAAAAACUCUUAUAUAAUAAAAUUAACAAUCGAAUUGUUGAUAUUUUCUCAAUUUAUUAAAGUAAAAUGUAUCUUAUCUCGAACUGUAUAAAAUUUUUAUUACUCGAAAUAAUAAUAUUUUUAAUAUGUUGUAAAGCAAAAAAAGGAAAUAACCGAACAGGCAGUAGAUGCACAUUGCACAUGCUCCAAAAGGAAUCGAUAGUCACAUAUGAAACAUACAUAUUGUAUAGUUUUAGUUUACGCAUAUAAUAUGGACCUUUCAAGAAGGAAUUAUUAUUAUUGUAAAUAUUUUACAUCGAGUUCAAACAUUGAAGUAAUAAAAAUUUUAUAUUUAUAAAUACGUCAACUUUUUUUGAGAAAUAAGUUGUUAUGAAGUGCAUAACAUUAUCUUCCAACGAAUCUCGUUGCACUGAUGACUGCCAAAUAAUCAGUGGUUUAUCUGAUGCGCAUAUAACGAAAGAAUCGAAUUCUCGUUGCUUUGUGCGCGAGGCGUUAUGUAGAAUUGUAUCACGAGAAUAACGAAACUGUAAUUGCUAUUAUAUACGUAUAAAGUAAAACACGAUACAUGAUAAUAUACAGAAGCAACGUUAAUAUGUUUAAAAAAAUAUUUUAAACAACUAUUAUAUAUAUUUGUAUGUUAACAAAGCAACGUUUGUUGGUAGCUAUGUGGAAGUUGCCCUACAAAAUAAAAUAUGCUAACAAAGAGAAAGUUUUUAAGUAACAAAAAAUUACAAAUUAUACGUAAGCUGUAAAAUAAAAUUUUAAAAAUUGUAUAUGACAACUAUUCAGUUUGGUAAUUUCGAAGUGUCUCACUUGGGUACUUAGAUACAAGAGAACAAAGUAUUUUGUUACGAAUAGUUAAUUUUUUGACAUAAAAUAUCAUGCUGUAAAAUGUGUACCUAUAUAUACUUGUAUAAUAAAAGAAAAUAUGUGAAUGAUUCAUCUUUGGCGACGAAGUCUUGUAUAAUGGAAUAAAUGAUUUAAUU